UGACAGGACGACAAAAGCUCUCCGCCCCACGCAGCCGCGCAACACACUCCGCCGCUCCUUUCGUGCACUUUCCUGCCUCAGCUUUUCCGCCACGAUGUGGCGGUAAAAGAAAAAGAAAAACCAAGAGGGCACGAAGCGCGUCCACAUCUCCACACGGGCGAUGCGCGGAGGCGACCGCGGCCGAGCGAGCGGCACCUUGGCGGGCCGGGCAUGAGGAUGGACCCCGGGGAGGUGCUGGUGUUCGGGCUGGUGCUCGUCAUCAUCGUCGUGUCGCUGCUGUCCAACGUGCUGGUGCUCGUCUGCUUCCUGUACAGCCCGGAGAUCCGCAAGCAAGCUCCGGGGCUCUUCAGCCUCAACCUCACCUUCUGCAACCUGUUGCUGACGGUGGCCAACAUGCCGCUCACCUUGGCGGCGCUGGUCAGCCGCGCGCAGCCGGGCGGCGACGCCUUGUGCCAGGCGGCGGGCUUCCUGGAGACCUUCCUGUCCACCAACUCCAUGCUGAGCAUGGCGGCGCUGAGCAUCGACCGCUGGGUGGCGGUGGUCUUCCCGCUGCGCUACCACUCCAAGGUGCGCCACAAGGACGCCGCCCUGGUGCUGGGCUACACCUGGGCGCACUCCGCCUCCUUCUCCACGGCCGCCGCCUGCCUCUCCUUCCUGGGCUACCAGCGCCUCUACGCCUCCUGCACGCUGGCGCACCCCAAGGCGGGCGGCCGGACGCAGUUCGUCGUCUUCACGGUUUUCUUCCACUCCUUCACCUUCUUGCUCGCCUUCGUCGUGCUGUGCGUCACGUACCUCAAAGUGCUCAAAGUGGCCCGCUUCCACUGCAGGAGGAUCGACGUCAUCACCAUGCAGACCUUGGUGCUGCUGGUGGACAUCCACCCCAGCGUUCGCCAGCGCUGCCUGGAGGAACAAAGGCGACGGCGCCAAAGAGCCACCAGGAAGAUCAGCACCUUUAUCGGAACCUUCAUGCUCUGCUUCGCUCCGUACGUCAUCACCAGGAUCGUGGAGUUGUUCCCGUGGGUGCCUAUCAGCCCUCACUGGGGGGCCAUGUCCAAGUGUCUGGCCUACAGCAAGGCGGCGUGCGACCCCUUCGUGUACUCGCUGCUGCGCCAUCAGUACAGGAAGACGUGCGGCGACAUCGUCAACCGGCUGCUCAAGCGCCGCUCCUUGAACGCGGCGGCGCGCGGGUUCGAGAGCCAAGGCAGCAGCAUACCCAGAGUUGAGUGACGGGACUAAAGUGGGGUUGCGUGUGUGCUUUUUGGGAAAUAUGUUUUAUGGACAAGGAGGACAUUUAUGGACAUCCUCAUUCAGUCACAAUGGUAGCUGGGACUGUAUUUUACAGUACUACUAGUAUUUAUUUAUUUAUUUAUUUAUGUCUCAAACAGUCUUGGUUUGCUGGCGCAGUAAAAUGUAGCACUGAAAGCUGCAGGGCAUCUUUAUCCAAAUUACCGUAAAUACUCUAAUAAUAGCGCAGCUGUUUUUUUAAAAAAACAAGCAGAAAUAUUAUAAGCAGAAAUGUGGUCAGCGGCAACAAAGGCAGUGUUGUAACUGCUAAGUCGGCAUUAAUGCUGCUGAUGAGUUGACGCGAGCGUGAGUUUUUAAAAGCGCACGCAGAGCUCGAUGAACCCACUCACCAUACUUCCAAAACAACUACCGCCAUCU